AUGGUAGGAGUAUACUAUUGGCAUUCGCCUCAGAAGAAGAUACUGAUGCGGCCAUUAACAUUAACAUCGAAUUGUUUAUCUCACUUUCACUCUCUCUCCGACCACCACCAACUCCUCCACCGACCCAUUUCCGAACUAAACUCCCUCAUCAACUCCUACGUUCGCCGAGCUCAACCCAUCUCCGCUUGGAACCUCUUUCGCUCUCUCCGUCGUUUACGUUCCGACAUCGAUGCUCACACAUUCACCCCUCUCUUACGUCCAUCUUCUCCAUCACUCGGUAAACAAUUCCACGCACAGAUGAUCAGAACAGGUGCAGACUCCGGAACUGUUCCAAAAACCGCACUCCUUGAUAUGUAUUCAAGGCACGGCUCAUUGGAUGACUCCCUUAAGGUGUUUGAUGAAAUGCUUCACAGGGAUGUUGUUGCUUGGAACGCUUUGCUUUCUUGUUUCUUGCGGUGCGGUCAACCUCGGGAAACCAUUGGUGUUCUAAGGGAAAUGAGGAGAGAGAAUGUUGAGCUUAGUGAGUUUACAUUGUGCUCUGUUUUGAAGUCUUGUGCUUCUUUGAAGGCUUUGGAACUUGGUAGACAGGUUCAUGGUUUGGUGGUUUCAAUGGGGCGUGAUUUGGUUGUUUUGAGUACUGCUCUUGUUGAUUUUUAUUCUAGUGUUGGGUGUGUUGAUCAUGCUUUGAAUGUUUUUUACAGUUUGAAUGGUUGGAAAGAUGAUAUGAUGCAUAAUUCGUUGGUUUCUGGGUGUAUUAGAAAUGGGAGAUAUGCCGAGGCGUUUAAAGUUAUGAGCUUGGUGAAGCCCAAUGUUGUUGCAUUCACUAGUGUUUUGGUCAGUUGCUCUGAGAAAUUGGAUUUGGUUACGGGGAAACAGGUGCAUUGUGUUGCGGUUCGUUGGGGUUUUACUUUUGAUACCCAAUUAUGUAAUGUACUGUUGGAUAUGUAUGCAAAAUGUGGGAAGAUUUCACUUGCCCGCUCAGUGUUUGAUGGAAUUCGUCGAAAGGAUGUGAUUUCAUGGACUUGUAUGAUUGAUGCGUAUGGAAGAAAUGGGUGUGGAGAUGAAGCUAUCAUGCUCUUUCAGAAUAUGAGGGAGGAUGGGAGUGAGGUGUUGCCGAAUUCUGUGACUUUUUUAUCUGUUUUAUCAGCUUGUGAUCAUUCUGGGAUGGUGGAGGAAGGAAAAAAAUGUUUCAAUGUGAUGAGGGAGAAAUAUGGCAUUGUACCAGAACCGGAACACUAUGCUUGCUUCAUAGAUGUUUUAGGCCGAGCCGGUAAUAUAGAAGAAGUAUGGUCUGCUUAUCAAAAUAUGAUUGAGCAGGGUACUAAACCUACUGCAGGAGUAUGGAUAGCAUUGUUGAAUGCUUGCAGUCUCAGUCAAGAUUUUGAAAGAGGCGAGUUUGCUGCAAAGCAUCUCUUGCUGUUGGAACCCGACAAAGCUAGCAAUAUUGUGCUUGUAUCAAACUUUUAUGCAGCCAUUGGUAGGUGGGAUUGUGUUGAUGAACUGAGAAGCAUAAUGAGGACAAAAGGGUUGGUCAAGGAAGCUGGGAAUAGCUGGAUCGGCGAGGGCUUCAAUGGACAUGCCAGGUCACUAUCUACUUGA